AUGGCACCUCUCCGUUCUCUGGUCGCAGCCGGCCUCCUAUUCUUGUCGGCCGCGAAUGCACAUUUCCUUCUCCUCUCUCCGCCUUCUAUCGAGGGUUCGUCUAUCGACGAGGACAAGGAAGGCAAUGCGCCUUGCGGCGCCGAUCUGCCCGACCUCUCUGCCAACUCUACGACGGACUUCCAUGUCGGCGGCGACCAGGUCGCCCUGCAACUAGGCCACCCGCAAGCCAAUUGGCUGAUACGCGGCACGCUCGACGCAAAGGCCAGCAGCAACUGGACACAGCUCUUCCCAAUUGUUACCCAGAGCGGCCUAGGCAACUUUUGUGAGCUUUCUGUCGCUGCGCCCAAGGAAUGGGUUGGUCAGAAGGGUAUCAUUGGUGUCGCCUGCAAUGGCCCGGACGGCAUUUUGUACCAGUGUGCGGUAGUCAACUUCGUCUCUGGCACCAGCUCGUCACAGGCGAGCUCCUGCACCAACGGGAGUUCCGUCACCGCCAGCUUCUCAUCCGACUCAAAACUCUCCGCACUUGUUGGCAACCCUAGCAAUACCUCCAGCAGCGCUCCGAGUAGUACCAGCCGUAACGCUUCGCCAUCUCCUGUUCGGAGUCAGUUCCCACUCGGGAGCCUUCUUUUGGGCGCUGUUAUGGUGUUGGUAGGAGCCACCUUACUAUGA